CGCAAAAAAGAGUCUGAACUCUGCGUAGGAGUAGGAACAGGGAGGAGCGAGGAAGAAUAGCGCUGACGCGAGCAUGGGCCAGUCGCUGAUGAAGCUCUUCUUCGACAAUUCCUGCCAGAAAGAAGUGAAGGUCGUGAUGCUCGGGCUGGACGCCGCCGGCAAGACGACGAUCCUGUACCGGCUGCACGUCGGCGAGGUGCUGUCGACGGUGCCGACAAUUGGUUUCAACGUGGAGAAAGUGGAGUACAAGAACGUGGCCUUCACGGUCUGGGACGUGGGAGGGCAGGACAAGCUGCGGCCGCUCUGGAGGCAGUGCCUGAGCAACUCGGACGCCUUGAUAUACGUGGUUGAUUCGGUGGACAGGGACCGGGUUGGCGUUGCCAGGGAGGAGUUCCAGGCCAUCGCCAAGGACCCGCUCAUGCUCAACAGCGUCGUCCUGGUGCUGGCCAACAAGCAGGAUAUGGUAACUAGCGAUGGAACCCAACCUAAUAGCCGAGGCACAGAACACGUAGAGAUCCUGCUCUCAUCUCUGCUUGUAUUUUUCCCUCCCUGCGCGCAGAAAGGGGCGAUGAAACCGCCCGAAGUGGGCCAGCGCCUGGGCCUGUAUGACCUCAAGAACAGGACGUCGCGCGUGGUGGGGGCAUGCGCGCUCACCGGCGAGGGCCUGCACGAGGGGCUCGGCUGGCUGGCGGCGACGCUCAAGGACGCGCACGCCUGGGGAAGCUCCGUCCGCUUCUAG